GUUAAAUUUAUUCUUGUGUUGGCAUACCGCACAACAUAAUGAAAUUAUGUAAUGAUCAGUAUGCACAGUCGGUAUUAAUACUGUAGCAUAUGUAUAUACACUGUAUUGCGUCACUUGCCGAUUUGUUUUACUAUCUUUGAUAAGUUAAGUAGGGAAACAAUGCUUGCGUGUUUUUUAUACUUUAUUAUUGCAUUCUAAAUUUGUUUCUUUUUUAAGAUGGCCUAUUUGUAAGUAGAUGGCGCUACCGUGAAAUUUGUCUCGAAUCAGCUGAUUGGAGCGUACCUACUUGAACGUAAUAUAUGUGAUGCGGCUUUCUAUUGUUAUCCGCUUUUUUAUUUAACUGUUUAUUGAUAAUCUGUCACGCGGAAAAUUUAAAAAACUGAAACAAACGAAGCUUGUAUUACCACGAUCUACAAUAAUAACUAUGUUCGGCCGUUUGUUUAUGUCAAAUUUUCGUAAUAUAUCGCUGCUGUCGAGAGUAUGGAAUGGCCCUAAUGGAACGUUGGCUGGUAAACAAGCUGAAGAAAAAAUGAUAGAGUUGUUAAGGAAUAAAUUUCCUAAAGCUCAGCUUAUAGAAGUAAACGAUGUUUCAGGAGGAUGUGGCGCAAUGUUCGAAAUAAGUGUUAUUGCUCCUGAAUUCGAAGGAUUGAAUACCGUUAAACAGCAUCGGAUGAUAAAUGAAGUACUUAAAGAGGAAAUCAAAGAUAUGCAUGGGAUAAGGAUAUAUACCAGCAUUCCCAAAUCAUAGACAAUUUUUAAUUCUUUAGAGAGCUGUUCCUUACAUUUAUAGUUUUGUGUUGAAAUUGUACAAAGUUUUGUAAAUUUUGCAUAUAUGUGUAACUUAAAUGCUAAAUACAAAUAAUGAUUAUAUAUUAUAGAAAUGUAUGACCCUUUUAACAUUUUACUCUGUUAUGCUAUGCUUUACAUAAUUG